AUGUUGCAACUCACCGAAGGGAUAUUUCUGGUUCUGUCUGCUGUUCUGUUCAUUCUGGGAACUCUGGCAAAUGGUUUUAUUGGGUUAGUCAAUGGCAGCAGCUGGUUCAAGAGCAAGAGAAUCUCUUUGUCUGACUUCAUCAUCACCAGCCUGGCCCUUUCCAGGAUCAUUCAGCUGUCGAUUAUCUUCAGUGAUAGUGCUUUAUUAGUGUCCUGUUCUGAUGCUCAUGAUUCAGGGACAGUAAUGCAAGUUAUUGAUAUUUUCUGGACAUUUACAAACCAUAUGAGCAUUUGGCUUACCACCUGUCUCAGUGUCCUCUACUGCCUGAAAAUCGCCAGUUUCUCCUACGCCUCAUUUCUCUGGCUUAAGUGGAGAGUUUUCAAGGUUAUUGUCUGCAUGCUGUUGGGCGCGCUCCUCUCAUCUUGUGGCAGUUGCAUAUCUCUGACCAACGAAUUUAAGAUUUAUUCCAUCCUCAGUAGAAUUGAUGGCACAGAGAAUACAACUGAAUACUUCAGAAAGAAAAGUGAAUAUGAUCUGGUCCAUGUUCUUGGCACUCUGUGGAAUCUCCCUCCCUUUCUUGUGUCCCUGGCCUCCAACAUUCUGCUCAUCCUCUCUCUGGGGAGGCACACACGGCAGAUGAAGCAAAAUGGUCUCAGCUCCAAAGAUCCAAGCACUGAAGCCCACAAAAAGGCUAUCAAAACUAUCCUCUCCUCCCUUUUUCUCCUCUUACUUUAUUUUCUUGCCUAUUUAACUGCAUCAUCCAGUCAUUUCAUACCAGAAACUAGAACAGCUAGGAUGACUGGUUUAAUAAUUGCGAUGAUUUAUCCUUCUGGUCACUCAUUUAUUCUUGUUCUGGGGAACAACAGAAUGAAGCAAAUGUUUGUGGAGAUGCUCCGGUGUAAAUUUGGUCAUCUGAAACCUGAAUCCAAGAGACUGUCCCCUAUAGGGUAG